GCGACCACAAAAAAAGGUGGUGCACUCAAAGGCACUGCUCCCGACGCGGCAGAUAGAAGUAGCAAUAAAGAGCAGCUCAACCACCCUGACAACCGUAGCCAGGCAUACGGUCGCCAUGGCAACCACAACGCCGCCGACUUCGCGCGGCCAUCUUAUGAUAAUAGAAGUCAGCACUCACACCAUCCACAGCCACAUCGACGUCUGCAGCACUUCGACACG